AUGCGCCCGCCGGGCAGCGUCCUCUCCCUUUGGGUGGCACUGCUGUGCCUCGGGGAAGCGCGCUGCCAGCCAGCUCUAGAAUGUCAUCCUGGUGGCCAUCAGAUCCUUCAUAGUCCAUACCGAAGCGUUGAUUUUGAUUCAUCACAGCUUCAGCAAUCAGCUAUUCAGGACUUAAUAUGUGACCAUUCCCUGGUAUCUGGAUGGUACCGCUUUCUAAUUUUUGAUAAACAGGCUGAAAUGCCAACCAAGUGCGUGGAGAUGAACCACUGCGGAACGCAGGCCCCCGUCUGGUUGUCUCUGAGAGAGUCGGAAUCCAUGCCUCGGCCUGGCGAGAUCAAACACUUGACGGCCUGUGCAACAUGGCAGUUUUUCUUCAGCACUACAAAGGAUUGCUGCCUGUUCCGAAUUCCCGUUAGUGUGAGGAACUGCGGAGAUUUCUUUGUAUACUUGCUCCAGCCUACUCAGGGGUGCAUGGGAUAUUGCGCAGAAGUUAUUUCAGGCGCAAAACUGCAUGCCUGCCAACCUGGGGAAACAGAAACUGAAAUCACCUGUAGCAGUAAAUUGUCGCCUUCGGAAUUGCCACUUCCUUCACCAGCCCCUCCAAGUACACCUGAAAUUGUGGCGGAGUUUCUUGAAGGCAGCAUUUUCUUAAGAUGCACCUUUGAUGUUCCUACUGCAAACACCACAGUAGGCUUUAUUGUGGCUUGGUCCAGAUUGUCUCCUGAAGGCAUCAAAGAAGAGCUCAAGCAAGAGACAACAGUUCAGACAUUCUCACUUUUAGAACUGGAUGGUAUAAACCUCAGACUUGGAGACAGGAUUUACUGUAGCAGUUCUGCCUUUCUCUUAGAGAAGCCAGAAGAGCAGAGCUCACUCAUUGAAAGCAUGGAAUUUUUUGUGGGAAUUAAGCUGAUUCCUGAGGCAUUUACCAUAUCAGAAAAUGGAAAAGAAUACAGUCUGAUAAUAGAGAGCAAAAUUCCCAUUCCUUGUCCUCAAGCUAGUCAGCUGGAAAAUGACUGCAAAAUCUCAUUAAAAUUAAAUACGAUAGAGGAAGGUAAUGAUCCAGGGAGUUUAAACGUGGCUCUUUCUUCUUGCCAUGUGGAACUUCUUCAGCAUCCCUGUCUAAAUGCAACGUGUAGCCAGGCCAGUGUCCGUUAUGCUGCUGUGACUGAUUUCAUUCAAGAUGGAGACAGAAGAACCAAGAUUGUGGUGGAACCAAUCAUUAGUGACAAUUUUCUGUGGAACAGUUACACACCAGAAAACAUUCAGGUUACUGUGAAGGAUCUGCCUUCUGCCUAUUGCUACUCUUUUACAGACCCACAUAUCAUUACAUUUGAUGGCAGGAUGUAUGACAACUUUAAAACGGGAACAUUUGUGCUCUACAGAAGUACUUCCCGCGAUUUUGAAGUCCACGUGCGCCAGUGGGAUUGUGGAAGCCUUUAUUACCCAGCAUCGUGUAAUUGUGGUUUUGUUGCCAAAGAAGAGGCUGAUAUAAUAGCGUUUGACAUGUGCAGCGGCCAGCUCCGUGACUCGCAGCCACACUUAUCUGUAAAGAGCAGAGACCCCGCAGACAGCAAUGUCAGGAUCACUGAAUCAUACUUGGGAAGAAAAGUCACGAUCUCGUUUUCUUCUGGAGCUUUUGUUCGAGCUGACGUGAGCGAAUGGGGAAUGAGUCUAACUCUCAGAGCUCCCAGUUCAGAUUAUAAACACACACUGGGACUUUGUGGAACCUUUGAUGGCGUUGCAGAGAAUGAUUACCAUGAUGCGGAUGGAACUGAAAUCACUGGAGGAACUGAUGCUUACCUGACUUUUAUUAGUAAAUGGAGGAUUUUGCCAGGAGAGAGCCUCUUCGACAAAACACCAACUCCUUCACGUUCAGCCAAGAAAACUCGUUUCUGUAGUUGCAGUCCUGGUGACACGGGAGCGGAUCAGCAGACAAAUCAAGUGAACUCUGCUUCUGAGGCAGGAUUUGCUUUGUCUUGCAAAAGAAGCGAACGGAAUGCUUGGCUCCCUUCCUUCAUCCCAGGGCUGGAUGUUACCGCUGAGUAUAUUAGCCCGGUUGAUCAUAUCAGGGGCUUGAGGAAGCGUGCGACACGACUCAGAAAGGCUUCCUCUGCUCUCCCCUCCAGAGAGGGACACUCUCUUAAUCAAACAGCUCUUCACACCGCAUCCCCGGCAGGCCUCGCUAUCUUCCCAAACUCAAAGGCAGGCAGUACAAGAGAUAAAGAAGCACUUGGGAGCUUGGGAGCCUACAGCUACGCUGACAUGUACGGCAGUCAGCGGGGCUACAGAAGACGCUCCGUCAGGAAGCGCAGGAAGCGCCAGCAUUAUUAUGAGUACCUUUCUGUAUUUCCAUCCCAGAGUCUGAGCCAAACGGAUCUGGAUGGAUUUAGCUAUUUCUUCCCAGAAGAUCAUACGGCGGACAUGCACCAAGAGCCCCUGGCCUCGUGGCCUACUCCUUCUGGCCUCACUGAAUCAGAUGCGUUGGAUUUUUGUCAAGAGGCUGUGGCUAAUUCCAGCAUAGGUAGAGCUUGUAGGGCUCUCCUUGGCCAACGGGUAGAGGACGCCCUGCGCAUGUGCGUCCAGGAUCUACAGCUGAAGGACCAUCUCGGCUGGGCCAAGGCAGGUUUACCCCUGCUGGAAAAUGAAUGUGAAAAGAGACUUUUGGAAGAGGUUUCUUACAACACCAAAGGAAAAGAGGAACUAAUCGAGGGCUGGCUCUUAGUGCUGAAGUGCCCCAACCUCUGCAGCGGGAGAGGUCGUUGCGUCGAAUGGGGCUGUGCUUGUUUUCAAGGCUUCAGCUCUUACGACUGCAGUAUGGCAUCCGAUCAGGUUCCAGAAAUUAUACAGUUGGAUAAUGGAGGAUUAUGUGAUGUCCGACAGUAUGACUGCACAACUGUCAGAGCUUUUGGCCAUGGAUUCAAGGAGUCAUCAAGCCUCAGAUGUGAAAUUAACAAGUUGCAGUACAGUGAUAACAAAUGGGUGCUUGGGGAAUCCAUAUUCAUCCAUGCUGCCUUCCACAAUACCAGGACUGUCGAUUGCCAACUUCCCACUGAAGGCCACCAAUCUGAUGCUAUGAAUCAGCUGGAUGACCAACCCACUGCUAGGUGGCAAAUCAAGAUUUCUAAUGAUGGGUUCACUUAUAGCAACCCUAAGACUGUGACUUUAUUUGACGGAGCUUGUCAGAUAUGUGAUCCACAAUCAGAUGGAUUAUGCAUGUUAAAGGAGAAGACGUGCAGCAUAGAUGGACUUUGUUAUGAUGAAGGUGACACAAAUCCAGCCAGCUCCUGCUUGCUCUGCAGGCCUGAAAUAUCUAAGUUAACUUGGUCAAUUGCUGAAAACAACCAGCCCCCUGUGUUUCAAAACAUGCAAGAAAGGCUGCAGGCGUUUUACGGGAAGAAUUUUGUGUAUCAGUUCACAGCAACAGACCCAGAAGGCUCUGCUGUCGCGUUCUCGUUGAAUUCUGGGGCCCCAGGUGGCAGCCUUUCUCCUGCUGGACUCCUGAUAUGGAAGGUUGUGUCAGAAAACUCUCAGAAAUUUGCCUUUUCUGUGACGGAUGAGUGCAGCGCUGAAACCAAAGUCGUAAUAGAGGUCAACGUGAAAACAUGUGACUGUUUAAAUGGUGGAACUUGUGUGACAGAUACUAAUUUCCCCCCUGGAAGUGGGAAAUACCUGUGCGUCUGCCUGCCAGGAUUUGAAGGUAGACAUUGCCAAGAUGAUACUGAUGAAUGCAAAUCCAUGCCAUGCUUCCCUGGAGUGAUUUGCUUCAAUACUAUUGAUUCCUAUCAUUGUGGCCCAUGUCCAGAAGGCCUGUAUGGAGAUGGGAAAAUAUGCGAUGUUGAAGUAAAAUCAACAAGCAAGGCUUUGUCUCAUCCAUUGACUCCAGAAACUGCAUAUAGCCAAAAAGAAGACCACCAUGAAAGAACUAGAGUGAAAGUGGGCGGAAGUCUUGGUAUUGAUCUAGGAUACAGAAAUGCUGGUGCCCAUACUGGCAAGUCUGUCUCUGGCUUCCUACAACUGUCAACUGCUAAGGUUCCAUAUUCCACAAACGACCCUACAGAUGUUCCCAAAACCUUCAGUCCCACAGAAACAGCUGAUAGCACUCCAUUGACGUCUGCAGCGCAGUUGACUAGAUCUUCACAUGUGUUCAUUUCACAGAGAACGGCUUUUAGAAAACCUGUUAGUAGUGGAUACCUUGAUUAUGUCUUAGGUGUCACUACCAAAAACAUCCAUUCUGGCAGUGCUGGGAAAGACUCAGCAGUAAACUCUGCAUCUGACACAUCACUGAGAAAUAUCACAGCCUCUCCCGGGAAGGCAGUGGAAACACAAGACCAGACCGAUUUUUCCCUAGCGGCCGGCAUAACAUUGAGCAGCAGAGCUAACGUGAUCAAUGGGACGCUCCUAACAAAGACAGAACUUGGAGCAAGGCCAUUCGACACACAUCACGAUAAUGCUGUACAACUCGCCUUUGAGAGGUUUGCUAUGCCACCCAAAGGGCCUGGCGCCGAUCAAAAAUUCAUCGGAGCAGCUGCCCCACAGUUAUUAACCUGUGCUGAUUCGCCCUGUUUCCCUGGGGUCCCCUGUGAACCGAGUGAAAGGGGAAGCUUCAGAUGUGGACGCUGUCCCUUCGGCUAUUAUGGAGAUGGUAUCAUUUGCAGAGCAAUAUGCAGGCAUACAUGUGGCAAAAACAUGGAGUGUGUGGCACCCAAUACAUGCAGAUGUAAGACUGGUUAUUCUGGCCGUAGUUGUCAGGCCGCUCUUUGUCAGCCGGACUGCAAAAACCAUGGGAAAUGCACCAAGCCGAAUAUAUGUGAAUGUCUCCCAGGAUUCAGUGGUUCCAUCUGCGAUGAAGGACAUUGUGAUCCACCUUGCCAGCAUGGAGGGACAUGUCUGACUAGAAACCUUUGCACUUGCCCCUAUGGGUUUGUGGGUCCACGUUGCGAAACAAUGGUUUGCAACAGGCACUGUGAAAAUGGUGGUGAAUGUCUUACUCCAGAUGUCUGCCAAUGCAGAGUUGGCUGGUAUGGACCCACGUGUAGUACAGCAGGAUGUGACCCAGUGUGCCUCAAUGGUGGAUCCUGUAUUAAACCAAAUAUAUGCCUUUGCCCAAAUGGAUUUUUUGGUGCCUAUUGUCAGAAUGCUGUCUGCAACCCUCCCUGUAAGAAUGGUGGCCACUGUAUGAGAAAUAAUGUUUGCACAUGUCCUGAUGGUUACAUUGGCAGAAGGUGUGAAAAAAGUAUCUGUGACCCAGUGUGUAUGAAUGGAGGAAGAUGUGUGGGGCCAAAUGUUUGUUCUUGUCCAUCGGGUUGGAGAGGCAAAAGAUGCAAUACACCUAUAUGUCUUCAGAAGUGCAAGAAUGGGGGUGAAUGUAUUGGACCAAGUACUUGCCAUUGCGCACCAGGGUGGGAAGGAGUUCAGUGUCAAACACCCCUAUGCAACCGGAAAUGUCUAUAUGGAGGUCUAUGUAUACGGCCUAAUGUUUGUUCUUGCCGUCCUGGCUACAGUGGAAUCAUCUGUGGGGAAAGAAAUCAGGUACGAGGACGUCACUCUUGAAGAACAAGUAAC